AUGGCCGAGGAGCAAGGGCAAGCCAAAAGUGUCCUUCUCAUCAAUGGACCCAAUCUGAACCUCCUGGGGACACGGGAGCCGGCCAUUUACGGCUCGACGACGCUCAAGGACGUGGAGGGCUCCAUGUACCAGCACGCCACUAAGCACAACCUCAAGCUCUCGACGUUCCAGUCCAACCACGAGGGCCACAUUAUUGACCGGAUCCACGCCAGCUACGGAGAGGGGGUUGACGCCAUCAUUAUCAACCCCGGCGCCUUCACGCACACGUCCGUAGCGAUUCGCGACGCGUUGGCGGGGCUCAGCAUCCCGUUUGUCGAAUUGCAUAUCUCGAAUGUGCACAAGCGCGAGCCGUUUCGGCAUCACAGCUACUUGAGUGAUAAGGCUGAGGGGGUAAUUGCUGGCCUCGGCGUGUUUGGGUAUAUUGCUGCACUGGAUUAUUGGGCAUGGAAAUUCCGUGGCGGAGCGGGUCUUCCUGGGUGA